AUGCAGCACCGAGCGCGCGCCUCCCUACCGUCCGUUCGCUCUCCUGCGCCUUCCCCCUUCAUCGCGCCUCCUCCUCUCACGUUCCCGGCGGUAGCACGCUGUUUUUUGCUCGUAGCGCUCUCAGCCGCCCCCCCCUCCCCUCUGCCCCCUUCCCGCCUCGUCGCGCGUGCAUUGCGCUGCCGUCGCCGCGCGCGCUUCGCUUCGUCGAGCAACGCGCGCUCCUGCCUCCCCUGCGGCGCACCCUGCCCCUUCCCAAUCCGCCCUCCCCUCCCUCGCCCUCCUCCUCCUUUCUCUCCUCAUCUGCUGCAACUCGUCCGUGCUUGUGGCGCGCUCUUCCCACAAACCCGCCCCUUCACCAUCCUCCUCCUCUCCUCUCUCCCUCUAACUCCCCUUCCGCUCGUUUUCCUCCACCUCUUUUCUCUCCCCAUCUGCUGCAGCUGCAGCACAGCAGCAGACUACCCCGCCACUAUCCCUCCUCCUCUAGUUUCUCCCCUCAGCGGCGCAGCAGCAGACGAAUUCGCCACUAUCCCUCCUCCUCUUGUUUCUCCCCUCAGCGGCGUAGCAGCAGACUACUCUGCCACUAUCCCUCCUCCUCUAGUUUCUCCCCUCAGCGGCGCAGCAGCAGACUACCCCGCCACUAUCCCUCCUCCUCUAGUUUCUCCCCUCAGCGGCGCAGCAGCGGACUCCUUAGCCCUUAUUCCUCCGCCUCUUAUACCUCUCCCCUCAUCUGCUCUGCAGCUCGCAGUCAACUUCCCGAGUUGGCUGAACUGUCUCGAGCGCACGCCGUCUGGCACCCUCGUGAGUGGCUUUAACCUCUGGUUUGUCACUCAGCAGAGUGGUUCUGGCGCCAUUCCUAAACCUGCCUCUGCACCUACCUCUACCUCUUCUGACCCCUAUGCUGAUGGCCUUCGUGCUGCUAUCGCUGAAACUGAGCGGAUUGCGGCCACGGCCCAAGCCAGUGCUGCGGCUGCUCUUGACAAUGCUGCAGCCCGUGACCUCGCUCGUAUUCUUGCUGAGUCCCUCGAGAGCACCCGCAAGUGCCUCACUGAGCACCUCUCUGCCCCCUCUCCUCGCUCUGCCUCUACUCCCUCUGCUUUUGCUCCAUCUCACUCUGACCUUCUCACUGACUGGCAUGUUGCCAACGCAAGUGCCUACCAGAUCAUCCUUGCCUGCCUACCUCCAGCCCUUCUCCCUCAGUGCUCGCACAUCCGCUAUGCCAAGGACCUUCUCGGCUAUCUUACCGAGCGCUUCCAAUUGCAGACUCCCAUCAGUGUCAUUGCCCUCUUACGUGAGCUUACCUCUCUUUGCCUUGCUGACUUCACCACCAUGGCGGACUACAUCGCUCGUGUGCAGACGCUGUCCUCCCAACUUGCCUCUCAAAAGUUUGAACUUUCCGAUCAUGUGUGCGGUGCCCUCCUCCUCACAGGCCUCACUCCUGAAUACAGUGUUCAUGUCACUCUGUAUGGUGAGUGCCCUGCCGACCAGUGGUCGUUCUCUCGUGUCUCUGCCUUCCUCCUCCAGGCAGAGCUCAACCUCCACAGCUGCCCUCCUACUGCCGCCGCUGUCACACCCUCUUCCGCCCCCCCCCCCCUCUCCCCACCUCCACUGCCGCCGCUGCUUCCUCUCGCCCUCGCAACACCUUUCCUCCUUGCACCUACAUCAUUCGCCAAGGGCCCCGCAAGGGUCAGCCAUGUGGUCGCACCAAUCAUCCCUCCUCCUCCUGCUUCUAGAAGCUCACCGAUGACUGGUUCCUGGCUGGCAACACCGGUCGCCCUACCAAUUGGCUUCAACUCUCUCGUCAGCGUCGCCAGUCUUCUGCCCAGGCGGUACUUGUGGCUGCCGACUCUGGUACCAGUGCUCAAACCUUUGCUCUCAGUGUGA